UGGUAGUAUAUUUUCUUUGUCGUUGGUAGUUUUUUUGUCUGUGACUGUCUGACUGAAGACUGCAUAUGUUGUACUGCGGUGUGGCGUGUUAAUUUUUGUCUCGUUAUAUUGUUUCCAUAUCAUUGAAUUAUAUUGAUACGUUUAAUUAAUACGUGAGGAUAUAUUGAAGUGCAUAUUUAGUGAUUUUUGUACAAUGCCGAAACGAGGUGGUGGAAAACCUAGAAAGUUGAGAAGUGGUCUUGACCAUUAUGAGCAUGAUGAUCGAACGCACAGUAAUCUCACGCGUCGUGUCAGUUUCAAGCCAGGAGCGUUUAAAGGGAAAGGAAAAUUCCGAGGUUUUAAUGACCCCAAAGUAUUACUCGAUGACGACAUUGACAUGGGGGCCAAUUCGGGGGGUCCUGGACACAUGAACAACCGUAUGGGCGGGUUUAGGGGCCGAGGAGGCCGACUGACGCCAACUCCACGCCGCCCCGGAGGCCCUAGAAGAUUCAUACCAGGUCCGCUUCCCUGGUACCAAAUCGUCAUUCCAUAUGGGGGCAAGCAUCCUAAAGAGGUUAUUUUAAAAGCUUUGCUAGGCUUCAUAUCACCAGAGGUGUUCAUACCCCACUAUUACAAAAUAAAUGGCAAUGCUGCUGUUUUUUAUGUGGAUGAUGUGAAAGUGGCAGAGAAGCUUUUUCAUACAGACAGGAAGAUUGUGAUGUCUGAUGGCUUUAAGCUGGUUGUCAUGGUCCGUAAUAAUGCUCCAAAUGUACAGAUUGAUGCAGCGAUGAAGGAAAAGAUGAAACUUGUAAUGGCAAAGAGAUAUAAUGCUGCUACUAAAGCAUUAGACUUGACAAAGUUCCAUGCUGAUCCAGAUCUAGCAGACAUAUUUUGUGCCCUGUUCCGUCCACAAAUAAUGCUGGCAGCUGUAGACAUCAUGGCUGAGAACAUUCCGGAUCUGGAAGCUCUAAAUCUCAAUGAUAACAAAAUGCAUAGCAUUGAACACUUGAAAAUCCUAGCAAACAAAUUGAAGAGUCUGAAGAUUUUGUAUUUGGGAGACAACAAGAUACCUUACGUCGGAUCACUGGAUUGCCUUAAGUCACUGCCGCUUGUGGAGCUGUACCUCAAAGGAAACCCAUUGGUCACCAGGUGUAGUGACCAUGACAUAUAUGUCAGCGAUGUGCGGAAGAAGUUCCCCAAGCUCGUCAGAUUGGACGGCGUGGACCUCCCCCCAGUGAUCGGCUUCGACGUCGCUGAAGACUCCGCGUUACCACCUCGAAAACAAUCCUUCCUCGUUGACGAGGCAGGCAAAGAUCUCGUCCGCGAUUUCCUGACACAGUACUUCGCCAUAUACGACUCUGAAUCGCGGCAGCCGCUGUUAGACGCGUACCACGAGCACGCUCAUAUGUCGAUGGCUGCGAGCUAUUUGACCUAUGAUGGAAGGAGUAAUUCCGCGGGGACCAAACUAACCAGCUACAUAACAAACAGCCGCAACAUAAUCCGCAUCCAAGACAGAGAAUCGCGGCGCCGCUAUUUACGCACUGGCAAGCUGCAGGUGGUGUCGUUCCUCUCUGAACUACCUAAGACCAGCCACGAUCUGCUGGGCUUCGCUGUGGACUUACCCGUCUUCACUCCGACCAUGAUCGUCCUAGUAAUGAACGGCGUGUUUAAGGAGACCAGCGUAGCGGGCACCCCAACCCGCUCCUUUCACCGUACAUUCGUCAUCGUGCCCAAUGCCAACGGCGGGUUCUGCGUCAUGAAUGACAUGCUGUUUAUCACCAACACGACCAAAGAUCAGGAAGAGCAAGCUUUUUCAUCCGGCCCGGCCGUAGCCCCGGCGGCGGCGCCCGCGCCCGCGCCCGCGCCCGCGCCCGCGCCGGCCGACGACCACGCCGCGCUGCUCGCCAUGCUGAGCCAGCAGACCGGCAUGAACCAGCACUGGACCAUGAACUGCCUACAAGAAACCGGCUGGGACUACCAAAGAGCCCUACUGAUCUUCAACCAGCUACACGCCGAAGGCAAGAUACCGCCUGAGGCCUUCGUCAAGUGAAGCUCCGGACCCACGUGGUUGAGGCUGUGCCUACUGUACAUAUAGUUUAAGGAGAUUCAUAUUUUUGUUAGUCGUAUUAAGUAAGAUAUCGAAUUUGAGCAUUGUUGUGACUAGUUAUGUUUGAGUUUGAAGGGCUAUUAUAACUGGACAUACAAAACUGGAUAUAAUCUGAACAUUUAGUACAGUAAUGUGCUGCAGUUGUAGCCCUUCGGAUGGCAUUUUAACUAUGAAUUUGCUGAGAAACUGGGUUUGUCAUUGUCUUGAUAAAGGAUGGCAUUUCACUUGGCUUUCAGUUUUCUAAAUAAUUUGCGAAAUCAUGACCCAAAUGAAGUGCGAUCCUUAUGAAAAUGAGGUUUUGUGAUUUCUGGGAUUGGCGGCACUUUCAUGAUUAAAUUUAAACUAAUUCUAUGGUAAUACUUCUAAUCAGUUCUAUGGAACAAUCAUACUAUAAUAAACUUUUAUUUUGCAGUCCCAUAAUUCUAAUUAGAAGUACCCACUAAACAUUACAUAAAAAAAGACCACAAUUAUGGCAACGUUUGUCGCAGAUUUAGAUUAUAAUUAAAAGUUAAUAGUUUCAAUCAAAAGAUGCAAGAAACGCGACAAUCGGAGUCGAAAAAAAAGAAAGAAAAAAAGAAGAUGGCCAAUUGCAAACUGACUAAUAAGACAUUUGUCUUGCAAAUGAUUCAGUUAUUCAUUUUAUUUAUUUGAUUUGGAUGUUGCUAAGUGUAUUAAUUCGUACAUGGCUGUAUGAAAUAAUAAGUUCUUAAUGUUUUUGUAAUGGUUAAAGAAGAAUAUUGUAAAAGUAGUUCAACAUUUAUAUGCUAUCGUAAGACUGAUUGUAAAUCAUUUUAUCACACGACCCAAUCAACAUGCAAGAAAAUAUAAUAAAUCAACUUAUUGAGGUCUAAUGUUAUAAUUAUAAAUGAUGCCAUGAUUCUGAUUCGUACUAUUAUUUAUUUUAGUACAAAAUGUGCUACUUUUCGAUAACUCAGAAUUUUGGAAUUAUAAAUCUAUGGCGUUAUUCAUAAACGCGUUACUGGCCUGAACUAGCUAUGAAUCGUUUGUCUUUAUCUGUCAUUUUGACUUAAGUAUUUGUAAGAAAACAUAAUUUAACUAAAUCAGGCCCGUAAAGUUUUAUGAAUAAGGGGCUAAUGUAUACUUUUAUUUUUUGCUGUACAUGCAUUACUAAAUGUAAGAAAUUAAUAAACUGCCAAAUGGUUUAGAUCACAUGUUUGCCAUUCCUUGACGUUAAUUCUCUGUAACUAAGGUAAUACGUAAUAACAAAAAAAUAAUAUAUUACUUUUACCAUAGAGUAGAAUUAACUUACAUACUAAACUAACAUUUAUUGCCUUCUUUAAAGGUAUUCGUUAUUGUAUAACUUCCUAUAAUAACAUUGUUUGUCAAAAUAUGACCGAGUCUACGUUACUGUGAGGCUGAAUGAAGCAUGAUCGAAAUUUAAUUUUUAGAUGUCUUUAGUUAAUCAUCCUAAAAUGUUUAAAAAAAAAAAAACAUGAAAACAUUGUACAUAAAUAGGGUUAUCAUUUUGGGAUUUAAGGAGCUACGGGACUGACAUUGGGCGCGUGUCUGUCAGCUGUUUUGGUGUUCAACAAUGCUUGGUUGAUGGAACCCCGGAUCAGGGGUCCGUACAGGGUUGGAGACCCUGCCCAUGCCAAAGCGACGGAACCCCUUCGCGUGGGCUAGUCGCUCGUUCAAUGCUUGGGAAUAUCACCAUGAAUUUGAACUGACACCAUUGUCACAUUGCUGUAUUUCUAUAGACACUUGCUGAUUCUAUAAAAUUUCUUGGUCUGUGGUUCCUUUGGUUGUGGGACAGAGUGGAGACACGUAGGUAACCUAGAGACCGUGUGAGAUUUUUUAGAAUAGUAAUCGCCUUUUCUGUUCGCUGUGGCUUCCUUUGGGCGGGGCUUAGGAGCGAUGCUGAGUUUAUCUCAAAUGUAUAUAAUGAUGAUGGAUUAAAUUUAAUUUAUAAGCA